AUGGCUUUACUGAAAGAAAAGCUAAAGCUGUUCUUUGAAGUAAAUAAGGAAAAGAUUCAUUGUGAAGAAGUUUUAGUUGCAAUGGGCAAUGAGGCAUGUGACCUUGAUUCGUUUAUAAGCUCUCUGGUGGUUGCAUAUGCAGAAGGUGCUGUCCACGUUGUUAACAUGAGAAAGGAGGUUUUUGUAGCAAAGGGGGAAAUUAUGUGGGUCUGUAAAGAGUUUGGAAUAGACGUAGAUGACCUAAUAUUCCUAGUCAAGCCAACACUACACUUUUCUUCAAAGGCAAGAAAGAUAGGAGCAUAUUUUGAUUCUGGAGAGAAGGAGUAUCCCGUGUGUGGUAAGAAAAUAAAGCUUCUCCUUACAGACCACAACCAGCCUGCUGAGGAACUUGAAGAUUGUGAAAUUGAGUUAAUCAUAGACCAUCAUAUGGUUGAAAGGAGUGUUUCUCCUGCAAAAAGAAUAUACAUCGAUCUGGAUGUCGGAUCUGCAACCACAUUAGUUUCAAAGUAUCUUGGAGAGGAUCUGGCAAGAAAGAACCAUUCUCUCCCAUCUUUUACAAAGUCUCAGAAAGAUAAAGAGACCCUUUGCUCGGCCUUUGCUAAGCUCCUUCUUAUUCCGAUUCUCAUGGAUACCGGCUUCUUAAAGAAACGCACAAGUGUAUUCGAUAUGGCUGAAUAUAGGAGGUUGAAAAGGUUGGCAGAUGUAAAGAAAAAGAAAUUGAAAGGAAUAAUAAGGGCUUUGAAGAAUGCUAGGAAGAAUGACUCUGGACAGGAGACAGGCCUUAUACUUCAGAAGGAUUUCAAAACCUUCCAUUACAGGGACUUCUUCUUUGGAGGAUCCACUGUGAAGUAUCCAUUUGAGGAUUGGGCGGACAGAGAGGGAAGGAAUAUCAGUAGGAUUCCCGAAGAGAAAGCAGGGAUAGCCUUGAUGGUGGAGAUAGAGAGUUUCAGGAAGGCAAUGGGGCUAGACUUUUUCUUUGUGGCAACCAAGGCCAAGGGCUCCAGAAAUAUAAUCUUUGCAAACUUUCCUUUUGCAAGGCAGAUAGCCGCUAAGAACCAGAUGAAGAGCAUCGACUACAAAGGGUUAGAGUAUUAUUCUGCAAGUAAGAAUCUAACAAGAAAGUUACUUGUCCCUGAGAUAAUCAAGGCCAUUGAUGGGUACACACAUGGCCCAAAUAAAAAUAAAGAUUUAUAG